CCGCUCCGCGUCAGCCUUCAACUUCCGCUAGGUUCAUUUCCUACCGCCUCCCUCGUCACCGCCUCUGCGGCGAAUCCGACUCGAGGUCGCCGAUUCACUGGUGGCCCGCCGUUAUAAAUCCCAGCGCCCAUCGCAUCCUCGUCCAUCACAGCGAUCGCUUCCCAUCACCGCCCUGGCGCCCUGCGUUGUUCUCCCGUCCCUUCCAUCGUCUCCCACCACCGCGAGUCCCACGGCGAUGGCCUGCUCGAUCGCCCCCGCCGCGCCUCACCAGAUGUUCCACCGGGCCGGUGCCGCUCCGCACCAGAUGAUGACGGCGGCGGCGCCCGCGCCAGAGGAGAUGCGUCUCUCGGACUUCGACUGGAUCGGCGACCUCGGCGCCGGCGGCUUCGCCAGGGUCAGCAAGGCUCGCCACCGCCGCACCGGCGCGGUGUUCGCGCUCAAGAUGUCGUACGACCCGGACCCCGACGUCGAGGAGGAGGCCGAGGUGCUCCGCCGCGCCGCCGGGUCGCCGCACGUCGUCGACUGCCACGCCCUGCUCCGCGGUCCCGCCGGCGAGCCCGCCUGCCUGCUUGAGUUCAUGGACGCCGGCUCCCUCUCCCGCGUCCUGCGCCGGCGCCGAGGGAAGGGAGGAUUCCCCGAGCCGGCGCUCGCCGAGGCGGCCGCGCACUGCGUCGUGGGGCUCGCCCAGCUCCACUCCCGCGGCGUCGCGCACCUGGACGUCAAGCCGGACAACCUCCUCGCAAACUCCCGGGGCGAGAUCAAGAUCGGCGACUUCAACACUUCCAAGAUCCUCUACGGCCGCGCCGGCGAGCACCUCCAGGUCCCCCUCACCGCCGGCACCCGCUGCUACUUCAGCCCCGAGAGGUUCGCGCCCAUAGCCCGCGCCGGGCCGCAGGGCGCCAUGGCCGCCGACGUCUGGGGCCUCGGCGUCACCGUCCUGGAGCUGUUCCUGGGCCGGUUCGCCGUCGUGCCGGAUGUGAAGAAGGCGUCUGCGGCGGAGCUGGAGCUGGCCAUCUGCCACGGGGAGCCUCUGCGCGUGCCGGAAGAAGCAGAGGCGUCGGCGGAGUUGCGCAGGUUCGUGGCCGCGUGCCUGCAGAGGGAGCCGACGCGGCGCGCCACGGUGCCGCAGCUGCUCGGGCACCCGUUCCUCACUGGCCGCGACGUCGAGGCGUCAAGGCGCGCGCUGCGGGACCUUAUCGUCGAGACCCUCUAG